AGCUCGUAUAUAAAGCCGAGAGUAAUCUCUCAUGGGAUCACAACAGUCCUCAGAACACGACAUGUGGCAUCAAGGAGCUCUUGCAGUACUCUUAUUUUCGGCGUCGGUGGUCUUAGGGCAUGAACCUAAAGACGUGCACAUUCAUAACGUCAGGACGGAAAUCAUCAACAAGGAAGAACCUGUUCCAGUACCAUAUGAGGUCAUCAAGCACGUGCCAUACCCUGUAAAAGUACCAGUCGAUAACCCGGUGCCAUUCCACGUACCCAAACCGUACCCGGUGGAAGUCGAGAAGAAGGUUCCAGUUCCUGUGCACGUGCAAGUACCACAGCCGUACCCGGUCUACAAGGAAAUCAAAGUGCCAGUAGAGGUUCCUGUCGAUAAUCCAGUACCGUAUCACGUUUCAAAACCGUAUCCAGUGACUGUUGAAAAGAAGGUACCUUAUCCAGUGGAGAAGGAAAUUCCUGUGCCAGUGAAGGAAUACGUCGAAGUCCCUAAGCCGUACCAUGUACCGGUUACAGUCGAAAAAAAAGUUCCUUACGUAGUUGAAAAAAAAGUUCCAGUCCGCGUUGAAGUCCCCGUGGAAAAACCCUAUCCCGUUGAGGUACCCAGACCUUACCCAGUGACCGUAGAGAAGAAAGUGCCUUAUGUAGUGGAGAAGAAGGUACCGUACCCAGUCAAAGUCCCCGAGUACGUUAAAGUACCAGUGCCUGUACAAUCAGACGAAGGCUACAGUCACGGAUAUAGUGGUUCUAGUUCCGAGGAGGGAAGUCAGCAUCACUACAGUCAUUAG